AUGUCUACGAGAAAGGAAGGUAAUGUACUUGCUACAAAGUAUCUAUUUCCUCUUUCUCGUCGCCUAAACGACGGUAACCGACUCAUUUUGGAAACAUGCCUAACCUUUCAUGAUUGUUAUUCUCACAAUCAAUCAUCUACUUAUACAAUCAUCAUUCAUAUUUUACAUUGCUCAAUCAAGCCCAACCAUCAACACAAUAAAUCGGACUACUUUACUCUUCAAUACAACCAAAUCGAUACCAACAAUCACUGUCCUCCUAAAUAUCCACCAAAGCACAUCUAA